UCCUUGGCACUGCAAACUUCAUGGGCUAGGACAAGAACAACAAUUAGGACCGUGAGUCCAGCAGGGAAGAGCAUUCCUCUAACCAUGGAUAUGGAGAUACUAGCAUAGAGUGAGAGAGCAGAGAAGCCGGUUUGAAAAAGAUUUCCUGUAAAUAAUUUGUGGGAGGGAAAAAAAUAAUUGCCCUUCUGAAUAAAGAAAUAAUUGCAGCCGUACUUUUUCAAAAUGGUGUCGAAAAAACAAAAUAGAAAAGCCUGCAUGUUCACGUGAAGACUGGCGCUGCUGUACUCUGCUUCUCUUUUUCCAUAAGCUACAGAAACCGUCCAAGAAAUCUCUCUUCCGUCGGUUGCCAAACGGGACCACAUCCGGAUUUAUUGAAAUACAUUUGGGACCACAGCCGGUUCAUACAGUCACCAUUACUACGCAAGUCCAAGACUCUAAGUCCAAGAGAAGUUCAUCCGAAAUUUACUGGAGAAAGCCUAGCUAUAUAUCUCUGGGAAGCAUUCCAGAGCAGAGAGAUUGGAUAUUUUGCUUAGAAAUGGAAUUCUCAUGCUUCUUGUUGUUGUUUGUGGCUUUCAUCAUAGACCUUGGAGAAUGCCAAAGUAAUGGGUGUGCUGAAUUCCCGUGUGGAGCUCGUGGCCCAGUCAUCCGAUUUCCCUUCCGGGUUAACAGUCAGCCAGAGCACUGUGGGUAUCCUGGGUUUAAUUUCUCCUGCACUGAUACAAACGAUACAGUGGUUGAGCUGCCGAAUUCAGUCAAGCUUUUUGUCAAACGGAUUGACUACAAAUCUCAUGUACUUCAAUUAUACGAUCCAGCUCAUUGUAUUCCAAAGCAGCUUAGGAGACUCAAUUUAUCUUCCUCGCCUUUCCAUUUCGAAGAAGAUUCCCCUGAAGACCAGACUUUGUCUUCAGGGGAAUCUUCCUCAACUGGCCUUACAGACUUUGUCUUCUUCAAUUGUUCCCAAAGAGAAGUAAAAUUCAGGUUUAUCCUCUGUCUUAGUAGCCAAAAACACCAGGUUUAUGCCUUCGAUAAACGUGAUGACCUCAUGGACUUACCCCUAUCAUCUUGUACAAAGAUGUAUACUCUUCGAUCAAUUCCAAAUACUAGAGUGCUCGGUGAUGAUGAGAAAAAUCUUGAACUGAAAUGGUCUAGACGAGUAUGUGGACACUGUGAAGCAAGAGGCAAGAAAUGCAGAUUGAAGAAUAAUAGCACUGCAUUAGAAACCGAAUGCUUCCUCGAAGGUGCAUUAUCAAAGUUAGCGAUCACGGGUGAGUUGUCUUGGUCAUACAAAAUUCUUUUUAUUUGGGAGAUGUAAACUAUUGACUCACACAUGUUUAUUACACAGGUGUCACCUUAGGUUCAUUUCUAUUACUACUUGCUGUCUUUGCUCUCUACCGUUUCUAUACUUAUGAUAAAGUAGAAAAAGAACAUCAAGUGAAGAUCCAGAAGUUUUUAGAAGACUACAAAAAUUUCAAACCCACAAG